AUGUCCGCACGAACCGACAAACUCCUCAACGAGCUCGAAAUCAAAAGCCUCCUCAUCCGCGAGCGCUACUACAGAGACACCCACCAAUGGACAAACCUCCGCCAGAGCUACCACUCAGACGUAUCCAAGACCCAAAUCAAGAUAUCAUGGUCUGUCCGCUCCCCAAAACUCAUCAUCAGCACAGUUAACAUUCCCAGGUAUAACGGCAAUAUUGACGGCUUCGUCGCCGGCUCCGAAAAAAUGGCCCGCAGCUCAGCCAGCACCUCGCACGCAAUCCAGCCCGUAGAAGUACACAUCAACGGCAACAAGGCCGUAUCUGAAUCCACGGGUGCCAUCUACGCCCGUUUCAAAUACCAAGGCACCUCAUAUGACUGCAUCUCCUACGGGCGCUUCAUCUCACGCCUCGAGCGGGACGGCAACGAGUGGAAGAUGUGCACACUGGAGGUCAUUUAUGACAAGGACACUAUCCAGCCGGUGACGCCGGGCGCGGCCACGCAGAUACAGCUUGAUCCCGAGGCGAGAGAGAGCUACAAGUGUCUGCAUUGGGUGCUUGCGCAGAACGGAUAUGCCAUUGAUAGGGCGUUGCCUGGGACGGAUCAGCCCGGGUCGGGGGAGGCGUUGAUGAAGGAAUGUUUCGAGUGGUUGGGGAAGUGA